AAAAAACGAUGAUGGAAUUUAAAGCAAAAUAUAAUAAUAUUGUCAACAACAAACAAUAAAAUACAAUAUUUAGUUAAAAUCGUGUUAAACGUCAAAUUUACAGUUUUAAACUGUGUAUUUUUUUCUAACAUACUUGCACAAUCGAUCGUCUUCACAAUGGUCGUGAGACCGUACAAAGAAGAGUUAGAGUUUUUGGAAAAGAAGACUCCUUACAUGUGGGAAAUUAAAAAAGGUUUCCAACCCAACAUGAAGGUAGAAGGUGUGUUUUAUGUCAACAAGAUGCUGGAAAAACUAAUGCUGGACGAACUACAAAACGCUUGUCGGCCUGGAAUGAUUGGCGGAUUUUUACCCGGCGUAAAACAAAUAGCCAACGUCGCUGCUCUGCCGGGAAUCGUACACAAGUCUAUCGGCCUGCCGGACGUCCAUUCUGGUUACGGAUUCGCUAUUGGUAAUAUGGCAGCGUUUGAUAUGGACGAUCCUCUGUCGAUAGUUUCGCCCGGCGGCGUCGGAUUCGAUAUAAACUGUGGUGUACGAUUAUUGCGCACCAAUUUAUUUGAAAAAGACGUCCAACCCAUAAAAGAACAAUUGGCUCAAAGCAUGUUCGACCAUAUACCCGUCGGCGUCGGCUCCAAAGGUAUAAUUCCGAUGAACGCAAACGACUUGGAAGAAGCGUUAGAAAUGGGAAUGGAUUGGUCACUGAGAGAAGGAUACGUGUGGGCCGAAGACAAAGAACAUUGCGAAGAAAACGGUAGAAUGUUGAAUGCCGAUUCUUCCAAAGUCAGCAUGAGGGCCAGAAAACGAGGUUUACCGCAGUUGGGAACGUUAGGAGCCGGCAAUCAUUAUGCAGAAAUACAAGUCGUAGACGAAGUUUACGAUAAAUGGGCGGCUAAAAAAAUGGGCAUCGAAAACAAAGGACAAGUGUGCGUCAUGAUACAUUCCGGCAGUAGAGGAUUCGGCCAUCAAGUAGCCACAGACGCUCUACUAGAAAUGGAAAAAGCGAUGAAACGAGAUAAUAUCGAGACCAACGACCGACAGUUGGCUUGCGCCCGUAUCAAUUCUACGGAAGGUCAGAACUACUUGAAAGCCAUGUCGGCCGCCGCAAACUUUGCUUGGGUCAACCGAAGUUCUAUGACGUUUUUAGCUCGUCAAGCAUUCGCCAAGCAGUUCCAAUCGACGCCGGACGAUUUAGACAUGCACGUAAUUUAUGACGUGUCGCACAACAUUGCCAAAAUGGAACAACAUUUGGUCGACGGCAAACCCAAACAUUUAUUAGUGCAUAGAAAAGGUUCAACCAGGGCUUUUCCGCCGUAUCAUCCUCUCAUUCCCGUUGACUAUCAGCUAACUGGUCAACCGGUUUUGAUCGGAGGCACGAUGGGCACUUGUUCGUACGUGCUAACCGGAACCGAACAGGGCAUGACUGAAACGUUUGGGUCGACGUGUCACGGAGCGGGACGUGCGUUGUCCAGAGCGAAGUCGCGAAGAAAUUUAGAUUACAAUCAAGUUUUGGAAAAACUGGAACAACAAGGAAUAGCCAUUCGUGUGGCUUCGCCGAAGCUAGUCAUGGAAGAGGCUCCGGAAUCGUAUAAAAACGUUACCGACGUGGUGGACACGUGCCACGAAGCCGGGAUCAGUAAAAAAAACGGUUAAACUAAGACCGAUAGCCGUCAUCAAAGGAUAAAAACGUACCAUCGGCUUUGUUAUCCGUAAUCAUUUACAUAUAAUUUUCUACAAGUACUCUGUACGUACCAUUUUGUACAUAACAAUUACGAUAAUGUUAAAUAAAUACAAAACGAUCGAUUUAA